AUGCCCAAAUCAGCGAGAAAGAACAACGGCGGCGGAGUCUCGAAAAGCGACCCCUACGCAGGCGCUGCUUCACGCAAGAAGGGCCAUGCCGCCAAUAAUGUCUUCAAGUUCAACACGGAUCUCGGUCAGCACAUUCUCAAGAACCCCGGUGUCGCCCAGGCCAUUGUCGACAAGGCCGACCUGAAGCAGUCCGACGUGCGUCUUAUCAAUACCAUCUGUCGUAGCAUACCAUCUCUAACAGUCCCCAGANUCGUCCUCGAAGUCGGACCUGGAACCGGUAACUUGACGACCAAGAUCUUGGAGAAGGCCAAAAAAGUCAUCGCCUGCGAAGCCGAUCCCCGAAUGGCUGCCGAAAUCACAAAGCGUUUCCAAGGCACUCCCGCCCAGAAGAGACUCGAAAUCAUCCUCGGAGAUGUGCUCAAGCACCCCCAGCUGCCCUACUUUGACGUCUGCAUCUCAAACACACCCUACCAGAUUUCAUCGCCCUUGACUUUCAGACUCUUGGCCCUGAGUCCCGCCCCUCGCUCCUGCGUGCUCAUGUUUCAGCGUGAAUUCGCCAUGCGUCUGUUUGCUCAACCUGGAACAAAACUCUACUCGAGAUUGUCCGUCAACGCCCAGAUGUGGGCCAAGAUCAGCCAUGUCAUGAAGGUCGGCAAGAACAACUUCAACNCCCCUCCUCAAGUCGAGAGUGAUGUCGUCAAGAUUGUGCCCAAGGUCCCGCGCCCGCAGAUCAGCUACGAUGAGUGGGACGGUCUGUUGCGCAUCUGCUUCGUCCGCAAGAACCGUACGCUACGCAGUGGUUUCCUCGGUACCACCAGUGUCAUGGAGAUGCUUGAGUCAAACUACCGCACCUACUGUGCUCAGAACAACAUUGUCCUUGACGAUGGCCCGCUCGACCCUGCGGAUGCAGCCGUGGACACGGAUAUGGCUGCAGACGAUCAGGACGACGACAUGGAAGCCAUCAUGGAUGUUGACGAUGAAGACGACAUUCCCGACUUCUUCAAGGAAGAGGCAGACAAGAAGGCAAAGAAGCUUCUAGGCAACCCCAACCGCAAGAAGAAGGGCAAGGUGUCUGAGCUGGUGCGCCAGAAGGUGACCAAGGUGCUGAUUGAGACGACUGAGUUGUGCGAGAAGCGUGCCAGAAUGUGUGACGAGGGCGACUUUUUAAAGUUGUUGUAUGCCUUCAACCAGGAGGGUAUUCACUUCAGUUGA